GCCGGCAGCCGGCCGGAGAUGCCCCGGGAGCCCAGGCCGGGACGGGAGCAGAGGCACCGGCGGGGAUGGAGGCGCCCGGCUGCUGGGGGCUGCUGCUGGCCCUGGGGCUGCUGCGGGGGGCGGCGGCCACCGCCGCGACUGAGGCGCCCCCGGCCCACGUCCUGUCCCGUGUGCUGUUCUGCCAGCCGGACCGCCCCUCGCAGGGCCUGGCCGACACCUUCGACGGGGACCAGCUCUUCUCCUUCGACUUCCCGGGGGCGCGCUGGGAGCCCCGGCUGCCCGACUUCCAGCCCUGGGUGGGCGCCCAGGAGAGCACGGAGCAGAUCCGCAACGACUCCCGACUCUGCCAGCACCUGCUUUUGGUACUCACCAACGUCACCACGGGCUUCCUGCCCGAGGCCAGAGGUACCCGGCCCUCGGUGCCCGCGUCUGCCCAGCCCCGCGGCCCCUCCCCACGGCACCCCCAGCGAUCCCUGACACUGCCCUGCCCGAGGCCAGAGGUACCCGGCCCUCGGUGCCCGCGUCUGCCCAGCCCCGCGGCCCCUCCCCACGGCACCCCCAGCGAUCCCUGACACUGCCCUGCCCCU